CAGCCGCCUCCUGGGUGGUGGUAGGCAAGUAGGCGAGGGCAGCAUAUGUGUCCCACCUGCUGCUGGGAGGGAGGCUUUUCUUCUGAGGCAGUCUCCCUUCCAUGCUUCCCCACCUGCCUAGGGAUGAGAUCUACUGCCAGAUCAGCAAACAGCUCACCCACAACCCCUCCAAGAGCAGCUAUGCUCGGGGCUGGAUCCUUGUGUCUCUCUGCGUAGGCUGCUUCGCCCCCUCUGAGAAGUUUGUGAAGUACCUGCGGAACUUCAUCCACGGGGGACCCCCUGGCUACGCCCCAUACUGUGAGGAGCGGCUCAGGAGGACCUUUGUCAAUGGGACACGGACACAGCCGCCCAGCUGGCUGGAGCUGCAGGUGUGA